AUGUUGAGAGGUUUUAAAAAUACCCGCACGUUCUCGUCGUCUGCUGCAGCACUCGGUAAGAUCAAAGUGAAGAAUCCCGUGGUCGAAAUGGACGGUGACGAGAUGACGAGGAUCAUUUGGGCAAGAAUCAAAGACAAAUUGAUAAACCCAUACUUGGACGUCGACUUAAAAUACUACGACUUGGGUAUCGAGGCCAGAGACAAAACCAAUGACCAGAUCACGGUGGAUGCUGCCAAUGCCAUCAAGGAGCACGGUGUGGGUAUCAAGUGUGCCACCAUUACCCCGGAUGAGGCUCGUGUGGCAGAGUUCAAAUUGAAGAAGAUGUGGUUGUCGCCCAAUGGUACUAUUAGGAAUAUCUUGGGCGGCACUGUUUUUAGAGAGUCGAUCAUCAUCCCUAGAAUUCCUCGUCUAGUGCCAGGAUGGGAGAAGCCAAUUGUCAUUGGAAGACAUGCCCAUGGAGACCAAUACAAGGCUACAGAUUUGGUGAUUGAGGAACCAGGCAAGUUGGAGCUUGUGUUCACCCCUAAAAAUGGAGGUGAGAAGGUGACCAAGACUGUUUAUGAUUACAAAGACAGGGGUGUCGGCUUGGCCAUGUACAACACUGAUGAGUCCAUCAGAGGAUUUGCUCAUUCCUCUUUCAAGAUGGCCUUGAGCCAGAAUUUGCCGUUAUAUUUGUCCACAAAAAACACCAUCUUGAAGAAAUACGAUGGUCGCUUCAAGGAUGUCUUUCAAGAGAUUUAUGAUGCAGAGUACUCUAAGCAGUUCGAGGAGAAGGGUUUGUGGUACGAGCACAGAUUGAUUGACGACAUGGUGGCACAGAUGAUCAAGUCUAAGGGAGGCUUCGUAAUGGCAUUGAAGAACUAUGAUGGUGAUGUGCAAUCAGAUAUCGUCGCCCAAGGUUUUGGCAGUUUGGGACUCAUGACCUCCGCCUUGAUGACUCCCGACGGUAAGGCUUACGAGAGUGAGGCGGCUCAUGGCACAGUUACCAGGCAUUUUAGACAGCACCAGCAGGGCAAGGAGACAUCCACUAACUCUAUUGCUUCUAUCUUUGCAUGGACCAGGGGUCUCGCCCAAAGAGGUCGUUUGGAUGGCACUCCGGAGGUUGUGGACUUUGCUCACAAGUUGGAGAAAGCCACUGUGGGUGUGGUGCAAGAAGACGGUGUGAUGACGAAGGAUUUGGCCUUAGCUUGUGGUAGAACCGAUAGAGAGUCAUAUGUGACAACCACAGAGUUCUUGGACGCUGUGGGCGAUAAGUUGAAGAAUUAG